AUGAAUAACUAAGAAGUGAUUAACACUAAUAAUGGAUUAAACUCUAAUGGUCAUGAUUAUAACUUUAGCGGGUCAAAUCAUAACUAAGAUAUCAAUCAAUUUCCAGUUAAUUCUAGCUUAUCUAGUCAUUAAGAGCAAAACCUCAAUGGCUAUAACUAAAAUUCAAGCUCUCUUAAUCAAAACUCUCCCCAAAAAUAAAGCUAUUUAGCUGAUCAGAACUAAUUCAAUCAUGCCGGGAUUUAUUUGGAUGGAAAUGUGAGAGUUGAUGAUGGUAUUGGCAUUGCAGCUGAGCCCAAGUAUGUUUAGAAGGACCCUCAAAUUUAGGAGAAUUUGCAAAGACUUCAAGGCAAGAUUAGUCCUUUGUUAGACUAGAAAACUGGUGGUCUCUUAAGUUUACAAGGAAUGACAAAGUUAGUUGAUGCGAUGAAGAGUGAAUUUUACUUGGAUAUUAAAUUCUAUGAAAUGAAGAUACUUGCAUGUACAGUUGAGUCAGAAUGCUUGCAAGAAUUUAUGAAUAAAGGGGGCAUAGCUAUCUUAGUAUAAUGGGCUAAGGAUAUCAGAGCUGCAUAAUGUCUCAAAGAGUCCGAUGAAUGGAAACUCAGAAAAGAUAUUUUCAACCACAUGAUCACAGCGCUAAAUACUUUGCCCAUCACUGUGGGGAUAUUGAAGAAAACAAAGAUUGGAAAGGCAAUUAAUUCAAUAUUCAAGGUUCAAAUGUUUGACAGCUAAACAAAUGAGAGCGCGAAUUUGCUUGUCAACAGAUGGAAGUAGAUGGUCAAAGAUUAUAAAAAGCAAGAAUAAGAUAAAUAAGAAAUUGCUAAAAGUAGCGUUUAGUAAGAAAAAUCAGAUUAAAACUAUAAUUAAUAAAAUCCAGAAAAUAAGAAUAUGCAAAAAGCUAUUAAUUUACCAGCUAAACGCCAGGCAACUUAUGACCCUUACUUCUUGGGCUAGGAUGAUUAGGACCUAAAACGAAGAAAAGUGCAAGAUGGAUGGAACGAGAUCAGCUAGAUUAUUAGCAGUAGUACAUCCAGCAGAGGAAGCCAAAGAGAAUCUUAGAAUACCAAGUCCUUUGUAGACAAUAUUCUCAAUUCAGCAAAUUUACAUCCCUAAUAAACAUCCAGAGGAGAUAAUAAUUUCCCCGCCAAUUCUAAUUAAAAUUUGACUCACACAAGCCCGCAGGCCUAUUAAUAGAACCAAAGUGCGUCUAAUAAUAGAUAACAGUAGCCUUUCUAGAGACAAAGCUCCUCUGAAAAUAACCUAAAUCACGGUUAACGCUUUGAAAACUCAGCUUAAACUAGCAAUGCAUUUACAUCAAGCAAAAAGAAAUCUGUAAAAUGGCAACCAGAGGAGAAAUUAGAGAUUGUCAAAUUCUUCAAAAUGAAUGAUAUGCCUAGUGCACCAGGACUGAGUCAUGAGGAGGUUUAAGAAAUUCAAAAGCAUUUAGCGAAUGUACCCCCUCAUAUGAUUCCAAGUGAACUUAAAAAUAUUGAGAUGAAGCUUGAUCGUGAGAAACUGGAGGAAUAAAAGGGUAAAGAGUAGUACAAGAAGGAAAAGCUUGAGAAAAUGUAGCCAUUAUUAAUCUAUAGAGUUCCUUAAUACGUUGACUUAGGCUUGAGCUAUAAAUAAGCCAGAGGUGAGCAAUCAAAAGAUGAAUAGAACUAAAAACAAAGAGAAAAGACAGUUUUCCAAGCAGUGUACAUAAAUCCUAAUUAGAUCCCUCAGAACCCUCUCAAAGAAUUAGACGAGCAUUAUGCUAAGGAUGAUAAAGUGCCUCAAAUAGACUGUGAAAUCAUUGCCAAUGACUACCUCAAGCAAAAAGAAGAUGAAAAGUUCCAGAGAGAGAUCCUUCAGCUACAGGAUGAACUAUAGUAUCUUGAUGAAGGUAAGUCUUUUCCCAAACUUCGCCUUGAAUGGCUAAUAUACGGUCUGCAUAAGUCUUUAUUCUUUCAUCUCCUACUGCAAUUAAACCUUAAUCUCUCUACUAAUGCAUACUCAUUGACUGAUAAUACACUGCUUUGGUGUACUUAUACUACUAAAACUAAUGUCCAAUAGGAUGAUUCCAUUAUAAACAUUUUCUCUAAUAAUUCUAAAGAUUUAAGGAGUAUAAGCAGUAUUAGACUGUUUUAACUCUGGAUAAAAAAUCAAGUCUUUACAUUUAUUGCAAGUAGCACUGAUCCAAAUUCAGGCUAAAGUCUUAGUCAUGACGAGACAAUCAGACUCGUUAAAUAACAAAUAGCCGAUUUCAAGCAAAUUAAUGAAGCUAAAAAAGCUUUGUAGCCUCCGGCCCCAAUUGGACCUACACCAAUUCAAGCCAAACCUUUCAGGACUGUCCCAUGCAGAAAUUAUCACGGCCCUGUAGGUUGCACAAGAGGGGAAUUCUGUCAUUUUAUUCAUGCAGUUGGUUUCGAAUAACGAGAAAUUCCCAGAGAUGUAUUUCAAAAAAUCAGAAAUGAAAACAUGAGGAAAAAUCUUAUAGAUGAAAUCAGAGAGAGAAACCCUCAAGCAGCAAUGAUGCUUUAGAACUCGCAAUAUAAUGAGAUCCAAAAUUAUGUUAAACAGUACAAUGAAGCGAUUGGUGCACCUUAAGCAAAUGCUUCUUUGGGAGGUCAUAAUCCGAUGGGAGGAGGAAUGUAAAGACCAAAUAUGAUGGGGAUGUAAAAUCAUAUGAGACCAAAUAUGAAUAAUAUGAAUCAAGGUAUGAGAAUGCCAAAUCAAAUGAACAAUGUGGGAUAACCAUAAACAGGAAUGACUAGUUAUAACAAUCCCAUGCAGCAAUAAUAGUAGCAUUUCAAUCAAUAGAAUCAAUUCAGACAAAACAUGAAUCAAAUGAACAGUAUGGGAUCAGGACUUGGAAUGAAUAGCAGUAAUUCAAUGAGGCCACCUCUUGUAACAUAGGACAUGCCAAUAAGGCAGAUGAUGAACAAUCAGCAGAUGAAUCCUCAAGCCGCAAUGAUGAUGAACAUGAACCCAAAUAUGAUGAAUUAGGCUGCAAUGAUGAAUCCUGCAUUGUUGAACCAAUAAAACUUAAGAAUGCCCAUGAACAUGAUGAAUCCUAUGAUGAUGAGGUAGAUGUAGCCAGGAGUUGGAGGAAUGGGAACAGGUGGAAUGUUUAAUGGUCAAGGCUAAAAUCCUUAGAUGUUAAACUAAAAUCUAGCUUAAAUGGGAGGCAGUAGCCUCGGUCACUAAAAUAAUUAAUGA